AUUUCCAAGAUGGUACACUAUAUUGCCAAAAGUAUUGGGACACCCCUCCAAAUCUUUGGAUUCAGGUGUUCCAAUCACCUCCAUGGCCACAGGUGUAUAAAAUCAAGCACUGCUUCUACAAACAUUUGUGAAAGAAUGGGUCGCUCUAAGGAGCUCAGGAAAUUCAAGCAUGGUACCGCGAUAGGUUGCCACCUGUACAAUAACUCCAUUCAUAACAUUUUGUUGCUACUAAAUAUUCCACAGUCAACGGUUAGUGGUAUUAUAACAAAGUGGAAGCAACUGGGAACAACAUCAACUCAGCCAUGAAGUGGUAGGCUACAUGAAAUAACAGAGCGGGGUCAGCGCUUGCUGAAGCGCACAGUGGACAGAAGAUGCCAGCUGUCUGCAGAGUUAAUAUCUAAAGACCUCCAAACUUCAUGUGGCCUUCAGAUUAGCACAACAAAGGUGCAUAGAGAGCUUCCUGGAAUGGGUUUCUUUUGCCGAGCAGCUGCAUCCAAGCCUUACAUCACCAAGUGCAAUACAAAGUGUCGGAUCCAGUGGUGUAAAGCAUGCCACCACUGGACUCUAG